GAGCGACCAAUACUGGUUGCAUGGGAGGAAAGCUGGUUAGUUAGCUAAGAUGGCGGUGGCAGUGGGGUCUUUGCAAGCCCAGCUUGAGAAAGCUAAAGAGAGUUUGAAAAAUGUUGACGAUAAUAUUCGUAAAUUAACUGGCCGGGAUCCUAAUGAAUUGAGGUAAGACACUAAUUUUAUUUUAAAACGCAACACUGUAUUCUAUUUGUCAGCAUUCAUUCGUCUAACUAACGUUAGCUAGCUAGCAAUAUACGCCUAUCCCAUGAAAAAAAAUGGCAUCUCCCAUUCUCGUGCACAACCAGUUAGCCGCUUGGGUGCGUGCGUGCUGUAUAAUCGAAUCGACCUUGUCGUGCUAGGCUGGCUAGCUAAAUGGAAGUACAUAUACUUUAAAUAGCUUACUAGAGUUUUUACUUACCGGUAGGUGGCAGCUGGGUGGUUUUGCCAUUGCCCAUUCAUUAUUGUUGACCUGGCGAAGUAACGUUAGCGAGCUAGUAAGGUUAUUAUUACUUUUCUGUUAGUAAGCUAAUUUACUCAGUUUGUCAGACUCGUUUAUUCGCAAACUAACUUAGCUUGCUAAUUAAUAACGUUACUAGCCACGAGUUGGCUAGUUUCGGUUUACAUUUACAUUUAAGUCAUUUAGCAGACGCUCUUAUCCAGAGCGACUUACAAAUUGGUGCAUUCAAUUUAGGAUUGCCAGUGGGACAACCACAUCUUGAUCACAGUAAGUACACUUCUUCAAACAAGUAGCUGUGAGCAAAGUCAGUGCAAUCAGGGACAACUACAUCUCGAUCACAAUAAGUACAUUUCUUUAAACAAGUCAGUACUAGCCGGUGAAAUGUCAGGUGUUAGUUUAGACCAAAGACAAUGGUAGUAAAGGGGGGUAGAAUGAUUACAAUUAUACUAUUCCAGGUAUUCCUUAGAGGUAGGGUUUCAAGUGUCUCCAGAAGGUGGUCAGUGACGCCGCUGUCCUGGCGUCAUGGGGGAGCUUGUUCCGCCAGAACAGCAAAUAGCUUUGACUGUGCUGAGCGGGAACUGUGCUUCCGUAGAGGUAGGGGGGCUAGCAGGCCAGAGGUGGAUGAACGUAGUGCCCUCGUUUGGGUGUAGGGUCUGAUCAGAGCCUGAAGGUAUGGAGGUGCUGUUCCCCUCACAGCUCCGUAGGCAAGCGCCAUGGUUGUGUAGUAGAUGCAAGCUUCAACUGGAAGCCAGUGGCGUGUGUGGAGGAGCGGGGUGACGUGAGAGAAUGGCACAGGCAGGGAGCCCAGCCAACAGUGAGUUGCAGUAAUCCAGACGGGAGAUGACAAGUGCCUGGAUUAGGACCUGUGCCGCUAUCUGUGUAAUGUAGGGUCGUACUCUGUGAAUGUUGUAGAGCAUGAACCUGCAGGAUCGGGUCACGCCAAGGUUCUUUGCACUCUGGGAGGUAGACACAAUGGAGUUGUCAACCGUGAUGGUGAGAUCAUGGAGCGGGCAGUCCUUCCCCGGGAGGAAGCGCAGCUCCGUCUUGCCGAGGUUCAGCUUGAGGUGGUGAUCCGACAUCCACAUUGAUAUGUCUGCCAGAGAUGCGAUUCGCCACCUGGUAUUCAAAAGGGGGAAAGGAGAAAAUUAAUUGUGUCGUCUGCGUAGCAAUGAUAGGAGAGACCAUGUGAGGAUAUGACAGAGCCAAGUGACUUGGUGUAUAGCGAGAAUAGGAGAGGGCCUAGAACUAAGCCCUGGGGGACACCAGUGGUGAGAGCACGUGGUGCGGAGACAGAUUCUUGCCACGCCACCUGGUAGGAGCGACCUGUCAGGUAGGACACAAUCCAAGAGUGAGCAGCGCCGGAGAUGCCCAACUCGGAGAGGGUGGAGAGGAGGAUCUGAUGGUUCACAGCAUCAAAGGCAGCAGAUGGGUCUAGAAGGAUAAGAGCAGAGGAGAGAGAGUUAGCUUUGGCAGUGCGGAGAGCCUCCGUGACACAGAGAAGAGCAGUCCCAGUUGAAUGACCAGUCUUGAAACCUGACUGGUUAGGAUCAAGAAGGUCAUUCUGAGAGAGAUAGCAGGAGAGUUGGCUAGCGACGGCACGCUCAAGAGUUUUGGAGAGAAAAGAAAGAAGGGAUACUGGUCUGUAGUUGUUGACAUCGGAGGGAUCGAGUGUAGGUUUUAUGAGGGGUGAGAUCACAUGAUCAGACGAGGAAAGAGCAGUAGGAGUAGCAGUGUUUUCUGUGGUAAUCCAUGUUUUCGUCAGCGCCAAGAAGUCUAGACUGGAGGGUAGCAUAGGCUGAGAUGAACUCUGCCUUGUUGGCCGCAGAACGGCAGUUCCAGAGGCUGCCUGAGACCUGGAACUCCACGUGGGUCGUUCGCGCAGGGACCACCAGAUUAGAGUGGUAGCAGCCACACGGUGUGAAGCAUUUGCAUGGCCUGUGCAGAGAGGCAAGAACAGGGAUAGACAUACAGAUAGUUGACAGGCUACAGAAAAGGCUACAAUAAUGCAAAAGUGAUCGGAAUGAAAUUAACUAAACAUCUCGGGAAGCGAGAGAGCGGGGCCUCCCUCGACUAACUCCCGCAGAACAACUUGGCAGAACUGUCUUUGUUUCAGGGACAGUCUUCGUUUUUGAGACAGCUGCCGCUGAACAAAGAGGUUGUGCUAAUAACACUAAGCUAAUUGCCUAGCACAAGUGUAGCCACUCCCCAUCUGUUAUGAGUUUCUCCGGUAUCAAAGAAUCAAGGAUGCAAGGAUAUACUUAGACACUUUGUAGACAGUUAAUGCAAAUGUUUAAUGAUCGGUACCGGGUUCGUUACAACAAUGACCAGAGCUUUGCCCUUGGUGUUACGAACUAACUUGAACAAAGAAGACACUCUACCUUAUAUGCCUUCUGUUACCCUCUUCUUGGCAUACAUCUGGUAAAUCUCCAUGGGCACUCCCUGUCUUUGAUAUUCAUCACUCUUUACCCCAAGUCAGAAUCCUGCCCAUCACUCAUGCUAUCCUAAACAUCAGUAAUCUCCUUUGACAUAAUGGAAUGUAGACUCUGUCUCCUAACCAUUUAUCUAGUAACUAACCUGUUCCCCACGAUACUAUGACAUCAUUAUACCAUAAAAACAUCAUAUCACCCUCCUAUUGAGUAAUCUGCAGAGAACAAAAGAAGUGGCUGGACCUGCGUCCAGUGUGAAUGGGUAGCAAUCGCUUCGUAAGCAGACUGGGUAGCUUACUAUGACAGACAGACAGAACCAACACAGUUUACAAGUUAAAACAAUUCUACUUACAGAAUCAAGCAGGAUCCUUCCAAGACUAUUAGUUGACACGGUUCAGUUUCAUGUCCAGACCUAUCGGAGUAACGUUACAAUAGAAGUAACGGUAGUUAACUAUGCCACACUGAUUUAAUAUUGCGUCUAUCCCCAUUCCAAAUGGAUGAACACACCCCUAUGUAACGUUAGCUAGCUACGUUUUCUAAAAGCAAUCUCCAGCCAUGACGUUAACAGCUAGCUCUGGUCCAACUAUGACGUAUCUAUUAUCUCUACUUUCCUUACAGACCUGGCCAAGCUAGAAGGCCAACCAUCCCAGGCGUUGGAGGAGGUAGGGGGCGAGGAAUCAACUUGUUAAGGUAAACACUUUGCCUUACUCUCCAUCAGUUGGUGUGAUACCUGUAUGUGAGCUUUAUGUAACAAUUAUAUUUGUCUACAGACGUGGACUCUCCGACAUCGGCGGUGGACCUGGAGGACCCCCAGCUAAACAGAGGGAUAUUGAAGGGGCCCUCCUGAGGUUAGAAUAAUCUACAGACCUGGCCCAUUUACUGCUGUAGAUGUUACAAAGAUGAGUCGUACUCACUCCGUUCUCGUGAUGGCUCUGCCUGCAACUUCAAAAUCAUUGUUGCCCUCUGCCCAAUGAGGGAAUUUACUCAUGGCCUAAUGGUUAAAGACUUCCUCAAGAGAUUUUUGAACUUUUCCUUUUGAAAUGCGAUAUCCCUAGUAUAAAUACAGUAAAGUACACACUAAAGGGUAAAACAAAUGUGUUUUGCACAAAAGUGAAUUUUGUUAGACCACUGCAAACUUCAAGGAGUUGGGUGGGGAUUUGGGAUGUCAUCAGCCUCCCCCUUGCUUGGGGAACAAUAGAGAACAAAAGCGGAAAGGCCCACCCCCAACUUUUUAUUUUUUUAUUUAACCAGGUAAGCCAGUUGAGAACAAGUUCUCAUUUACAACUGCGACCUGGCCAAGAUAAAGCAAAGCAGUGUGAUAAAAACAACAACAGUUACAUAUGGAAUAAACAAAACGUACAGUCAAUAACACAAUAGAAAAUCUAUAUACAGUGUGUGCAAAUGUAGUAAGUUAUGGAGGUAAGGCAAUAAAUAGGCCAUAGUGCAAAAUAAUUACAAUUUAGUAUAAACACUGGAGUGAUAGAUGUGCAGAAGAUGAUGUGCAAAUAGAGAUACUGGGGUGCAAAUGAGCAAAAUAAAUAACAAUGUAAAUAACAAUAUGGGGAUGAGGUAGUUGGGUGAGCUAAUUACAGAUGGGCUGUGUACAGGUGCAGUGAUCGGUAAGCUGCUCUGACAACUGAUGCUUAAAGAUAGUGAGGGAGAUAAGUGUCUCCAGCUUCAGAGGUUUUUGCAGUUCGUUCCAGUCAUUUGCAGCAGAGAACUGGAAGGAAUGACGGCCAAAGGAGGUGUUGGCUUUUGGGAUGACCAGUGAGAUAUACCUGCUGGAACGCAUACUACGGGCGGGUGUUGCUAUGGUGACCAAUGAUUUAAGAUAAGGCAGGGAUUUGCCUAGAAGUGAUUUUAUAGAUGACCUGGAGCCAGUGGGUUUGGCGACUAAUAUGUAGUGAGGGCCAGCCAACGGGAGCGUACAGGUCACAAUGGUGGGUAGUAUAUGGGGCUUUGGUGACAAAACGGAUGGCACUGUGAUAGACUACAUCCAAUUUGCUGAGUAGAGUGUUGGAAGCUAUUUUGUAAAUGACUGGCCCAACGCUCUUAACCACUAGGCUACCUGCUGCCCAAUUGGUUCUGGCUCGUGAACUUUCACGUGCCAUUAACUCCAUGACAGCAUAAGCUGUAUGCGCGCAUGGGUGAAGUGUUUUGGUAUUUUAGGAUGUUUUGCUGGAUUAAUAUCCCUAAAAGAGAAUUUCCAGAUGUCCUCUGAGGAGUAUUUAGAUGAAGUCAUUUUCACUUCUCUCCCUUUAAUGCCUGGUCGAGUAGUUGGCUUGAAAAAUCUGUGCAAAUCAGUUAGCUACUGUUCCAGAGAUGGAUGCACAGACAAGUGAAAAAAUAAGCCGAGACAGAGCCCAAAUAGACGGAGGGAGAUGUGCAUUGUGCAAGAAGCCAACGUUCACUUGGUAGGCUGCCAUUCCUCCUUCCAUAUUUAUUGCAGUCACUUCCAUGUGGUGUCAAUGAAUCGGCAGUGGGCACUAAGGCAUUACCCUACACCUGGUGGUAUUCAAAUGGGUUUCUAUUUGAUGUGGCCGGUAAAUCACGUAUUUGUCGUCCGUAAAUCACGUAUUUGUCGUCCUUUUGCGUGUCUUUUAUUUUAUAGGCUGGCCGGUGACCAGCGAGCGAGGAGAGAUUCACGCCAUGACAGUGACGCUGAGGAUGAUGACGAUGUCAAAAAGGUAAACAUCAUUCUACACUGAAUGUCUUAAUUAAUCUUUUCCCUCAAUGUUUUGUCUAAUGCCCCACUUGCUUUUGUCCAUACACAGCCAGCGUUGCAGUCAUCAGUAGUAGCUACCUCCAAGGAACGUACGCGUCGAGACCUGAUUCAGGAUCAGACCAUGGAUGAGAGGGGAAAACAAAGGUAAUGCAACAUUAUACAUGCGUAAGGAAUAAGUGGGCGGCAGGUAAGCGAAAGGUCGCUCGUUCGAAUCCCUGAGCCGACUAGGCGCAAAAUCUCUGUGCCCUUGAGCAAGGCAUUUUACCCUAAUUCCUCUAAGUUGCUCUGGGUAAGAGCGUGUGCUAAAUAACUAAAAUGCGAAAUUAUUUUAACUAUUAUAUUUCCAAGAAAUCAUGUAAAUGUUAUUCAUACUAUUAUUGUGGUCCUCUGUAGCUCAGCUGGUAGAGCACGGCGCUUGUAACGCCAAGGUAGUUGGUUCGAUCCCCGGGACCACCCAUACACAAAAAUGUAUGCACGCAUGACUGUAAGUCGCUUUGGAUAAAAGCGUCUGCUAAAUGGCAUAUUAUUAUAUUAUUAUAUUCAUUGCUUUUGCUCUGUUCUUUUUCCCUAUAGGAAUCGACGCAUGUUUGGCCUGUUGAUGGGAACAUUACAGAAAUUUAAGCAGGAAUCUAAUGUGGCAACAGAUCGGGUAGGGAUAUCACUUUACUCCAAUAUGUGCAUCAAUAAAACUCUAAACACUGCUGUUCUAAUACAGUAAAUGCAUGAAAAUUGGCCUUAGCGUUACGCUUGGUGAAAAUGAUUCCAGCCAUUUAGGAUGUAGUUUGGAGUAUUUCCCAAUGGUAAAUUAAUUUCCCGUAGUAAAUGUUUUAUCUCUUGUCUCAGCAAAAGAAACGCAUUGAGAUUGAACAAAAAUUGGAAGUUCAAGCAGAACAAGAACGCAAGAAAGUAGAGGGCGAAAGACGAGAGCUCUUUGAUGAGAGGCGUGCCAAGCAGACAGAGCUGAGACUGUUGGAACAGAAAGUGGAGCUUGCUUACUUGGUAAGGACCUUACUUGAAACGUAUUGGUUAUGGUGUAGUCUUAAAAAACAAAGGAAAUGUUAAACCUGUAGUAACAUUGUACUAAGGUGAAACUAAACCUUUGUGUGUUUUCCAUGCUCAUUAAAAAUGUUGUGUUCUAGCAAGAGGAGUGGAAUGUGCACAAUACAAAAAUGGUCAAGUUCAUCCGCACAAAGACCAAGCCACCCAUCUUCUAUCUGCCUGGGAGGAUGUGCUCAGCCACUCAGAAGCUCUUGGACGAGUCGCAGAAAAAAAUGAAUAGUAAGCAAUUGUGCAAUUAGCCAAAUUCUUCUGCACUCGACAAGUAGGAAUAAUACACAUCCUUGGUGUGCAUUGAGUCGGUGUCACUGAAUCGUUUUGUUUUAUUCCUGUUUCCAGUUAUGUUUGAGGAGAGACGCGAGGCAUUUGCCGAGUAUCUGAAUAAGAUGGAGGCUCGCCCUCGACGCCAGUCUCAGAGGGACAACGCUCUGGUUAAGGACCUGAAGAAAGAAGAUCGAGAGGAGGGUAAGCCCACGGGUCAGGUAGUCAAAGUGACAGGUAACCGGUUUGAUGUGGAGAUGGAGGAUGAGGCAACACUAGAGAAGGAAGAGGGGGAUGAGGGUGUAAUGCGUAAGGAGGACAGAAAGAAAAAGCCAGGAGAGAAAGUCAGGGAGCAGGAGCCUAAGAAGGGGGAGAAUAAGGCAGACAAGAGGGAGGAGAGUGAGGAAAAUGGUCAAGACACUAGAAUAGUAGAGUUCAGAGAGGUGGAAGAGCAGAUGGAGGUUACUGCAGUGGUGAGGGAGGCUGAGUGGCAGGUCGGGGAUCAGGGUAAGAAGAUGGAGGAUAGUCCAGUGAUGGCUGGGGGAGAGGUAGGUAAUGAGAAGAGAGUAGAAGAACCGCAGCAACAGGUUAAGGUAGAAAAGGAAAAGAAGCGCCUUCAGAAUCAGGACCCCACAGCUGUGUCAGACGACCAGGAGAAAAGCGUCGAAAUGCAACCAACCGAAGAUGAGCCACAUACAGAAGUGUCCAUACCCCUGCACUCAGAGCCCAACCCUAGUGUGGAAGUCUCUGAUGGAGGAUCUAUAGCCCCUGAGGUUCAGAUCCCCCUGCUGGAGGCUGGAACAGAGCCUGAGCCUCUCACAACAGAGCAGAGCCAAGAGGCUGAUCAAGGCGCCAUGAAGCAGACUACUGAUCUCCAGGCUGCCCAGGAUGAUGCUGCCCCCAAGGUGCUGGAGCCUCUGUGCGAGGAAAGAAGCAGGGGAUGUGAAAAGUCAAAGGACAAUAAGGGAGAUGGUGGUGGUGGCGGCAGGAACAGCAGUAGCUCCUCUAGCAGCUCCUCUGGCUCCUCGUCCAGCGGGAGCUCCGGCUCCUCUACUGGCUCCUCCAGCAGGAGCAGCUCCUCCAGCGGCAGCUCCUCUUCCAGCUCAUCUAGCAGGAGCCGCAGCCGGGGGAGGAAGGACAAGAAGCAUAGGAGGAAGCCGUCCGAGAGGGAGAGGAAGAAGGGAGGAGGUGAGAAGAGCCAUAAGUCAUCCAAGUGCAGUGGUCGUGAAUCCAAAGGUUCCAAAGACAAGGGCUCUAAGUCUGACAGGAAGAGGACCACCUCUGAGGGCUGCCGGUCAGGGAAGAGGUCCUCUCGCGGUGACAGGGAUCGCAAGUCUGAUAGGAAGGAAAAAAGACGUUAAAAAAGUUGGUUCUGCUGUCAUGUCAUGCUUAGUUCUGUUUCUCCUUUUGAUAAAUACAUUUUCAUAACUGAAAUGUUGUGGAUUUCCUUAAAUGGAAUUCCGCAGGAUAGGGAAAUUAAACUGCCUUAGUGUAUUUCUUGGAACAAUGUGGGUUUUUAAUAAUCAAAGGAUUCUUUCUCUAGUCCCCAGUCAUUUUUGACAGUCCUGCCGCGCCGGUUUCUGGACUUAUUUUACCUCGAUUUGUUGUAUUAGAUUUUUAUAUUGUCUGCGUUUUGGAUUUUAAUUGUU